AUGGCGUCUACCGCUCCUUCAGCCCACCCUGCGGCCGCAAGUGCGAGUACGAGUAACGGCACUCCGCAUCUCGAACUUGACCUAUCCAAACUCCAUGCCCUUCCCACCGAGCAACAAGACCUGUACCUCUUGACGUUUGUCUCCGACCUACAGCGUCAUGUUGAACAAACUUCCUCCGAGAGCCUCCCACCGCAUCAAGCGUCAAUCAAGAAGGAAAUCAUCAAGAUUGUGGGACUGGGGGCUCCGGUACCAUCUCGCGUGAUCCGAAAUAUCCUUGGGAGGAUCCUGGCAGACGCAUUUGGACGAGGUAGCCGUAGUCUGCUCUACGAAACCAUCAAUGAGCUGGUGGCCAUUGCCAAUGCAGGCAAGGUCGAUAAAGAUGUUGGUCCGAAACAUGCUGCCGCCGUCUGUCUGGGUGCGGUUUUCCGGUCUGCUGGCGACAGCGCAAUCAGUCUCUCAGGGCUCGCGGUCUCCUCACUCCUCCGGCUCACGAAAGCUUCUCACACAGGACUACGGGGUUGCGUUUUCAAAGCACUGGGCGGACUGGUCAUGGGUGUCCGCACCAGUCUUGAUGAGCAUGUCGCCCGGGACAUCUGGAAGCAUGCUCGAAGUGCUGCCGCAAACGACAAGUCGUCAUUUGUCCAGAGGUGUGCAUGCUCUUGUCUUCAGGGUCUAGCGAGCGAGACAGACUACUUUGACAAUUCCGGUGACUUUGACAAUCUCAAGACGACGACAUGGAAGGCGUUGGAGAGCACAGUACCCUCAGUCAGACAUGCAGCUGCCGGGGCUCUAGCAGCUGCCCUGAACGGAGUGUAUUCCGAGCACGGGAAUGCGGAAGCCCCAGUCAUCAAAAAGCCAAAGAAAUCCAAGAAACCGGGUGCGAAUCUUGACGAGGAAGGAGAACAGGAACGGCCCGGCUCACCUACGCCAGGUCAAGUCAGGCAUACUGUACGACUGGCACUCUCGCUGAAUGAGGUCCUGCGAGUGCUUUCAUCCCAAUACUGCAAGGCGUCGAGCACGAAUCGAGCACGGGCAGGCAUUGCAACCUGUUACAGACAUCUACUGCGGCUACUUCCACGCAAGACGCUAGAGGAAAACUACGCAUCGAUCGCCCUCCAUUUGUAUACGGACCUGCUCAACCACUCGACUAUCUCGUCUAACCGAUACCGGCUGCUCCUCAGCAGGAGGCUGGUCAGAUGGAUUCUAAUACACGUCACUGCCCUCCUUACGGAAAACGCUCAGAUUAACGCUGCCCGUCAUCUUAUCAAUGAUAUUCUAAAGAAUUACCCGCAGGUCAUGCCAGAGCGCCGAGAACCCUCAAAGCGGGUCCUAUCUGGCGCCCUGUCCACCUUGAAUGACUUGCUCGUGCGACUUGGGCCCGCCGCGAACGUCUUUCAGGACAGUUGCAGAGAGGCGCUUUUUCAGGUGGUGCAACACCCUAGUCAUACGGUUCAGAGUCAUGCCGCACAAUGCUUCAAGUCCUUUGUUCUCGGAUGUCCAAGUCAGCUUGUGCGCAGCCUGGAACACGCCAUGUCUCAACUCCAAAAAGAAUUUCAACCGUCAUCCGAAAGCAAGCUCCCGCAUCGAAGGUCUCUCGGCUAUGCCAUCAGCAUUGCAGUCAUGAUCGGUUCUGCACGACAAAAGCCGCUCUACGGUUCCAUUCAAGUCUAUUCUGACAUCUUCACUUUCGCGACUGACCUUCUGAAGUCAAGUGCCGCCGCCGAGUUGCGGUUAUCUGCAACCCAGGUGCAAGUGGCUUGGACUCUGAUUGGCGGUCUGACGAACUUGGGGCCGAGCUUUGUCAAGGUGCAUCUGAACCAGCUGAUGCUUCUCUGGAGGAAUGCGCUGCCUCCUCCGUUGACCCACGAAAAUGCUACCAAAAGGGGCCAUCUGGAGCUCAGUUUCUUGUCCCAUGUUCGAGAAUGCGCCCUAAGCGCCUUGCUCAUGUUUCUCUCCUCCUGCAGCAGCUUGGUCACCACAGAUGGGUCCAGACGAAUAUCUACCAUGCUUCAUAAUACUGUCCUCUUCCUUGAAAGCUUACCAGUGGCUCGUGAAGCCGAAGAUCUUUCCCACCGGCUUGUACCUGCUCUUCAGCUGCAAGACUAUACGAUCCUUCUUCGACGACGUGUGCUCCAAUGCUUCGGAGCCUUGGUAAGCUUGAAGCAUCUGGAGCAGAGCGAAGUUGUAUCUCAGUCUGAUCUCACGGGCCUCACAAUGCGCACCUUCAUAGACCCAGAGCACCCGGUGUCGAAAAACCUGGAAGCAUCCUUGGCGAAUGCUGCCAGCAACUUCGAAGGACUGUGGAAUACUAGCGACAACUGGAGCUUCGGCGUCAGCAGCGUCGCCGAAAGCUUUGAUACCUACAUGCCAUUCGAGAACCACCUUCAACCAAGAGCAGAUACAGCUACCGAGCGAGAGGUAUCUUUCCCCGACGUCGUGAUCCGGUCCCCAGCACUUCCGGCAAUCGAACAUGAUCCUUUUCUAAUUUCCCGGCAAGAUGAUGUGAUCAAGGAGGCUGAAAUGUGCUCACCGGCUACUUCCUGUGUCAACCUGGCGAUUAAACUCUUCGCAAUUUCGCUGCCACUUCAGGCUCCCAAGAUCCAGGAGAGCACGAUCGAACAGUUGAUCACGACGGUGUCCCAACCUCUCCCGCGCGAGCCCGGGAGGAAAGCCGCGAUGCAGGUCAAUACUGCUCUGGCUCUCCUUUGCGCUCUCGCAGUCGCAAACAGCGAGACUCCUUAUGUCUCUGGCCGGUUACACGUGGAAGCCGUCGGGCCGGUCAUUAGCGAACUGCUGGAGAAGUACGUCUGUAACCCCGACCCUACCUUGAGACACUUGGCUGCCCGUGCGAUCGGACGCAUCUGCAAUUUGGCUGGCACCCUGUCCACCAAUAAAGAGGUCAAACUCCUCAUCGACACAAUAGUCGCUGAUCGGGACCCGAGUGCUCGCGCGGGAUGUGCCCUCGCUUUGGGGUACAUUCACUCUGAGGUGGGGGCUAUGGCGGCCAACCUGCACAUCAAAUCUAUCGUUGGCGUUCUUCUAUCAUUGUGCAGCGACAGCCAUACGACGGUCCAUUUUUGGGCCUUGAGAGGGCUGGUGCAAGUGGCGGAAUCUGCAGGACUGGCGUUUUCACCAUAUGCCACCAGCGCUCUCGGCCUCCUAGCACAGCUUUACUCAAACGACACCCACAACGAAGAAUGCGCAUCCCUUGCAACGUCGAACCUUGAGCUCGAACUUUUCACCCCCCUGGCUAUUGCUCAAUGUGUGGACAGUAUCAUCAACGUCCUGGGGCCGGAUCUGCAAGAUGUGUCGAAGGCUCGAAACUUGAUUCUGAUAUUGAUAGGAUCUUUGCAGAAGGAAGCUUCGCCCCAGUUGCGCCACGAGAGCUAUCAGUGCCUACGCCAUCUUUCAAUGUACGCUCCAGCUCAUCUCCAGUUUGCAAAAUACGUGCAGGAUUUGCAGGCCAAUCUCUCGUCGGACGAAGAUCUUCUGCAAUCUGCUGCGAUCAGGGGGCUCAGCGAAUUGAUGAAACGGAAUGCUUCCGAGGUGGCACGAGUAGCCACUGCAAAGUUGAGUGAUGACUUGUGGGCACGCCUCGACGACAACCCUGGUGACACGUUCCUGCAAGCGAUGCUGGAGAAUUGGAUGCAACAGGCCAUUCUGGUCGACACAGCUGACUGGAUUGAUAAAUGCCAAAGCAUCCUCUCCCGAACCAGGGCAAAGGGCCAAGCGCCGUCCCCGUCUCGUGCGACGCCAGCCAAAGCGGCAAUGCCCGAUCUAGCGGAUGAAGAGGUCGCCGGCUUUGCUGCGGCGGCGGCGGCUGCACAGGGAGAAGCGGCCGAUGCCGUCCCCGAAGGUCAAGAAUUUCUGCGUUGGCAAACACGAGACUUUGCUAUGCGUUUGCUCAGUGAGUCCAUGGAGAUCAUCCAAGCAGCCAUGUUGCCUGACCGCGUCAUCUUCGCGGAGGAGGUGCUGCAAAGCAAAGUCGCCGACGUGGUUCGGGUGGCAUUUUCAGCAUCAACUGCGAACGUGGUGGAACUGCGCAUCUGGGGACUGCGGAUCAUUGAUCAAAUCCUCAAACUAUUUGGCAAAACCCCAGACCCGGAUUUCCUAGAGGCUUCACUGCUGGAGCAAUACCAGGCACAAAUCAGUUCGGCAUUAACUCCGGCAUUCGCAGCGGACUCGUCGCCAGAAUUGGCCGCUGAAGCGAUAGGCGUGUGUGCAACAUUCGUGGCCACGGGCAUAGUGACCAAUGCAGACCGCAUGGGUCGGAUAUUCAAGGUCCUCGCGGUGGGCGUGGAAAACCUGACCCAAGCAAACCCCGAAGCUGCCAUUGGCGAUCUCGAAAAUCUCAGUCCAAACGCCCAGGCAAUGUUGAAGAUGAGCGUCUUGUCGGGAUGGGCGCAGUUGCAGCUGGCUAGCUCGGAGCAGCCUUAUCUCGACGAGAUUUUGCAACCAUUCAUCCCGAAACUCGCACCUCUUUGGUUGACUUCGCUCCAAGAGUUUGCAGGGCUACGUUUCGAACCCGAGAUUUCCGAUACGCUGGGUGGCGAAGUGGCGGGUGGAAACCUUGAUGAAAGAUAUGCUUCUUUCCACCGUGAGAUCCGCCUCCAGUUCUAUCAGAAAAGCUGGUUGAACAUUGUGGAUGCCAUCGCCGUGCUGGUGGAGAAGGACAGCGAAUCAGUGUUCGACGCCCUAGAUAAUAAACGGGGGCCUUCCGGCGACGAGGCUGCUACCGACGCGCAUACGCAGGGGAGAGACAUGAGUUUCCGUGAGGAACCGGUGGCCUUCUUCUUCAUCCUGUUUGGACUGGCCUUUGAGGCACUGGUGACGCAGACUCGGGAAGACCCGUCGCAAGCUCUGUCAAUCCUGCAGGCGCUCAAAAAGAUCUUGACCCCCGAGGUUUGUGGAAAUGCCAUCUAUGAGGCGGCGGUCUUCAACGAGACCACCGACACCCUUGAUCGUCUGGCACUUACCAGCACGACCGAGACGCAGAGUGUCCUGGUCGAGAUUGCAAGAAAUCUGGCCCUCGACCACCUCGCGGCAAAAAGUCAGGACCGUGACGAGAACUUGUCCGAUGACAUUGAACAGUUGUUCGAGCUGACGAGAAUCAUCCUUCUGGUCUUGACUGGUCUUAUCCCGACCCUCGAAGAUCCGCCAGGGUCUGCUCUUCGGCGAUUGGGAGACGACGGCGUUGCUCUUGUACAACUGUCUUUCCAGGCGCUGGUCGAUGUUGCCUCGGUGUUCCCAACCAUCAUCCGUGCAGACCUCCACGCUUGCAUCAUUCACAGCUAUUGCACGAUUCUCGCCACGGGGAUUUGUCAAGACGACGUGUUGCCGCGCAUCAUGCCGAUUUUCAAAGCAUUCUUGCAAGACGUGAUCAAAUCGGGAUCAGACGAGGUGGCCUCCAGGCUGGUCAGGGGAGGCCUACAUCGCAUGUUAGCCACUUUGACCAUUGCUCAACGCCGAGAGAACGAGCAGGCCCUUCCCUGUGCCAAAAACACCUUGUUAUCCAUGACAAUCCUGCUCACCACCGCCGGCUCCGUUAUCCCUGCCAAUGACGAGCUCGUGCCUCCAGCUGUGGCUGAACUGUUGGAUUGUCUCCAGGAUGUUGGCCUCGCAAAGAUGGCGGCCGGCUGUGUGCGAUCUUUGCUCGUGACGCACCCCAAAACCGUAUGCGACGAAGUGAUUGGGCGAAUGUUAUGGACUCGGCUGAUCCCCUUUAUCCACGAUGUGGAAGUGGAAGACCCUGAGGGUGUCAAGACGCCCUUGACUCAAGCUCUUGUGGCAUCUGUGGUGACUCUUCAAGGCUCAGGUCGGUUUGCGGCCAUGUCGAUCUUGGUCCCCUUGCUCCUGCUCCGAGCCAAGCAAAUUGCUCCUGGAGACAGUCCGGAAGCCAUGCGGGGGGAGACUGCUGCACGAUUGCUUGAGCUGGUGGCUGCUGACCAGGUCGCUUUUAAAGUGACCGUGGGCCUACUUGACGAGGACCAGCGGUCUGAAUUGGAGGGUCUGCUGAGGGCGACUGGGGUUGGGAAGCGACAGGAAGCUGCCUUGUCAGAGAACGUCGAAGCCAAGCCAGCGAUCGAACUUCGGAUGGACUUUGGAUGA